UUCGCUUAACUAUGAAAGUCGCUAUUGUGUCCUGUAUUACUUUGGCGAUGCUACUGUGCAUCGCCGAGGCCCAAGUCCCGGGUCAACCCGAGGCCAUGAGUGCCGCCCAAGGGGGCGUGGGCACCGCGGCGGGGGUGGGCAAACAAGUUGGAGCCCAUGGCGACGGAGCAGCCGCUGCCGCCGAGGACGGACCCGGAGCUGGAAUGUCCGCUGGCAUUGGAGCGGGCGGUGAAGUCGGCGCCAAUGCCCAGGCCGGAGGCGCUGGAGCUGGACGUAGACGCUAGGGGCGGCACUUCCGUUUGAAAUUGCAUUCGGUUGCGCUAUUUGUUCAGUCCCCGCGCUCUUGUGCACUGGAAAAUUGAAGAAAAAGGAGGCCAAUAUUACAGUACUUAAUAUCAGUAAACAACCGCUGGAUAUUGAAAAGGGGAAAGAAAUACGCAUACGGUUUAUUUAAUCCAUAAAACAUGUCAAUUUUUUUUAAACGCACGGUCUGCACUCUAUGACACACCGAUGGCGCCAGUUUUCAGAGAGCUCAGUGUCAUAAUUGAUUUGAAAUUAUGGGGCGUCGCCACGUAAUUGGCCGCUCACACCCCGCGCACCCCGUCCAUGCACUGAAAAUCGGCUCACUUCAAAUAAAAGCCAAACACACCAAAUCGUGUUGGCAGCUAAAAUUCCAUUUAAUGCCAUUUUAUAAAAUACACCUCAAAAUGAAUCGAUUGUACCGCCGACAGGUGUAUGUGCCUUGGGACAAAAAUAGAAAUAGAAAACUCAUUAGCAAAUGUUAAAAAUAUCAAAAGAAUUUCCACAUAAAUCAAGUGAUCAAUAAAUAAAUAUG